AUGCCCAAACGUAAGUCCCGUGACGUCAAUAAUGAACCCCCGAAAAGUGCCAAACUUGACGAAUCUGAUAAGGAAGGUCACAAUGAAGUUUCAGAUCUAAUCGAAUCGACAUUCCUUUUAAAGUGUCCCCCUGAUUUUUAUGAAUUUUACGCCUUUUGCUGUUCUGUUGCCCCUGAUUCUCCUCUUGACGCACUAUAUGGAGAUACCAAUAUCAGACUUGUGGGACCCUUCGAGGUUCUCCACGAACCCAAAAAAUUCAAACCCGAUGAUGAUCUAACUGGUUUUUAUCGAUAUUUCCAUGAUCCUCCCGAAGUAGUCACUGUUCUAGCUGCAGAUGGUGAAAAUCCCUUUCAUGUCGGGUACUUCAGGGAUAAUCACGCUGACCAGCCUGCUUUUCUAGUUUCGUCGAACCCAUCCGAAACAGGAAAGCUCACAAUCUCAAGUGAAAAUAUAUUCACCACUGUCUUAAAUUUACUGAAGCAUCCGAAAACGAAGGGUGGAUCUAUACCGAUCAUUUUGCCGAAAUUGUCGGAGUUUGCGAAGAACAGACGGAUUUGUAUUGAUUCAAAGGUGUCGGUUAAACGGAAGUGCACGUGUGAGACGUUAAACGGGGUGGGAGUUAAAAUUAAUUUGCAAAACGGUAUUGGCUACCGACCCGUUCCUACUACCCAUAAGGAGCUCGUCACAAUUCUUCAAACCCUGACUGACACAACAAACGCAAACACCUCCAAAUUGGACGAAUUGAUGACUCUCGUUCAAUUUGCCAACGAUGAGGGUGAUUUCGGUGAAGGUCUGGAGUUGGGCCUGGACCUACUGGCCUUUCAUCCUGCUGCUGCUUCCACAUCGGAGACAUUUGAGAAGGCAAACCGUCUCAAUCGGCGGAUCACAUGCCUUCUUUCCACUGGGUACCAACUGGCUGGACAACCAAAAUUCGCGCAGGUUGUGAGACGACACAUGGAGAAUCGAUUAAAGACGAGAAGACUGCGAGAGGUUGAGUAG